AUGAUGAAAGUAUUCGUGUCACUGUCACUGCUUCUUGCUGCUUCAGUGGCGCUUGUUGAUGCCGGCGUCUUCAAGACAAAGCUUUCCAAGAUGCCGUAUGCCAAGGAAAGAACGCUUGCUUCGAUUAUCUCUCAGGCCGAAUUUCUAGGUUUCAAAUACGGUGUCAAUAACAAGCAGCAGCCCUUUUCUUUAUACCAGGAUGCAUCUGGCGACUUGCGUGUGCAAAGCGCUGACGCCGGCAUGGUAUCAGAGCAGUGGCAUGCACGUGCGAAGGCAGGUCACAAUGUGCCGUUAACCGAUUUUCUGAACGCUCAAUACUUUGCCGACAUCGAGCUUGGCUCGCCUCCUCAAAGUUUCAAAGUAAUUCUCGACACCGGUUCAGCCAAUCUGUGGGUCCCGUCGGAGUCGUGCACAUCAAUCGCGUGCCUUCUGCAUAAGAAAUACGACAACUCACUAUCAAAGACUUACCAGGCUAAUGGGAGCGAGUUUCAGAUUCACUACGGCUCAGGUAGUAUGGAGGGCUUCGUCUCCCGAGAUACGCUCAGGAUUGGAGACCUUGAUGUCAAGGACCAGGACUUUGCUGAGGCAAUAAAAGAGCCUGGCCUUGCUUUCGCUUUUGGAAAAUUUGACGGCAUCCUAGGUCUUGCAUACGACACGAUCAGUGUAAACAAGAUUGUCCCGCCUUUCUACAGGAUGAAAGAGCAGAAUCUGCUAGACCAAAACCAAUUUGGAUUUUAUUUAGGCUCAAGCGAGUCAGAGGGCGGUGAGGCUACGUUCGGUGGCGUAGACCCUAGUCGAUUCGAAGGUCCGAUUGUUUAUGCGCCCGUUCGUCGCCGUGGUUACUGGGAAGUAGCCUUAAACAAGAUUGGUUUCGGCAAUGAAGAGCUGGUCCUGACCAGGACGGGUGCUGCUAUUGACACCGGCACGUCGUUGAUUGCGAUGCCAACGGACGUUGCUGAAAUCCUCAACAAAGAAAUCGGCGCAAAGCGCAGUUGGACUGGGCAGUACAGUGUGGACUGCAGCAAAGUACCAAGUUUGCCGGCUCUAACAUUUUAUCUUGACAACAAGCCUUACACGCUGGAGGGAAGAGACUACAUAUUUAACGUGCAAGGUACCUGUAUUUCGCCGUUCAUGGGCAUGGACCUGCCUGAACCCGUGGGACCAUUGUGGAUCGUGGGCGAUGUGUUCCUGCGCAAGUUUUACACAGUGUACGAUCUUGACAAGGACGCUGUUGGCUUUGCCAAGGCUGUGCAUCAUUAA